GCAACUUGACCUACGUACCAUCAUCCAUGAUACCCAGACGAGAAGACCAGAGGACUCCGCCACGCGGCUGCAUCCAGCUCUACUGCGCAGCGCACUGGAAAUGCCCUCGCAGCCAGCACAGCAUGCACGCCGGUCUCCAAAGAUGGCCUUGCCCCGUUCAGCCCCAUCCGAGGCCUGGCCUGUCUGUCUCUCUCCCCUACCCGGGCAUCCAGACAUCUCUGCUGCGACCUACCUACCCACCUAGGUAUGCAAUGGAUAUGGCUGCCAACCCAACAUGGGCCAUGGGCCAUGCCUCGGUAGCGGCUCAUAUAUUAGACGAUGCCGCCGGGUCAAGGCUACCACGUUGCCAUAUCGGCACACCUGAACCGCCCCAGACCCGACCUCACCUCGACUCACCUCAUGUAGCCCGUCUGCAGCUCGCCAUCAUAAGCUAAAUACAUAUCGGGGCUGUGGGAAUUCUGCUGCCUGUUCUUCAGCCUCCGCGGCUUUCACUCAUACUCGUGCUUCUCUAUUACUCUUAUCCCACACGAUCCUGACCCUGACAUUUUGCCCAAUUUAUCUACCGCAAGCCCCUCUCACCUUUCCUCGCAACUGUCCUGCCUUCUGCACCCGGGAGAGACAAGCACAAGCCCUGUUCUGAUUGCUCAACUCCUGCUCAACUCCUGCUCACCCGGACGGACCCAGACGAGUACAGAUCCAGUCACCCGAACGGGCAGAACCAGAGACAUCUUCGUUGCCUGUCCCGCCUUUAGCCCCGAGGAUCAGCUCCACCCGUCCUUGUCAGCCCCUCUGACAUGAACACUCCAUUCGUUCCAACACCAGAGUCUCGAUGGGGACUUGUUGGUCAUCGUGACGACCAUGCAGCUAUCCCGGCCCACAGUCUGGCAGCCUCACCCGUGCGGGACAUGGAGGGAGCGGACGGGCCUCAUGUCUGCCAGCAUUGUGGCAGACAGUAUCCUCGACUGUGCGAUCUGAACAAACACCUCAAAGCGCACACCCGGCCCUUCAAGUGCCCCUUUGAGGCUUGUAAGUACCACCAGCUCGGUUGGCCAACAGAGAAGGAGCUGGACCGCCAUCGCAAUGACAAACAUUCCAUGGAACCGAGGACAUACUCUUGCCCGUAUCUGCCCUGCACGUACACCUCCAAGCGGGAAUCAAAUUGCAAGCAGCACAUGGAAAAGACGCACGGCUGGGAAUACGUUCGCAGUCGACAUGCGCACAAGGACGAGCCUGCCUCUCCUUUCCCCCUCAUGACGAGCGAUGCCAGCAACCAGGUCAUUCACCCAGGGGGCAGCUUGACGAUCCGGACUGUGCCAGGCCUGACCGUCUCUCCAAGCCCGGUGGUGCCGCAGAACUCCCCUGCGUCAGCGACAUAUGAUGGGCCCAUUUCCUACGGGGCAGAUGUUUAUAUUCCCUGGAACUCACCAGUGACUCGACUCAGGAACAAUCAGAACUUUCUGGAGCAGUUUUCCCGGACUUAUGCACCUGGGUUUCAGGGCGACGAUGAGUGGCUGAAGAUUCCAGUCGAUCCGCAGCUGUACACAAGCGCUCCACGCAAUGAUAAUGGCGCAGAAAAAGCGCUCACCCCGGAAGCAGCGAAUGGCCAUGAAAACUCACUCGAAGCCCUUCCAAUCGUGCUGACUCCGCAGGCGAGUCCGACGGUGAAAACCCAGGUCUUAACUCCCCUUUCAUCGCCAAGCCCGUUUUUGAAGCAGUCCCCAUGGGCUGCAAGAGACGGCAUCGCACCGCAUGAUGUUGAAUCAGACCCAGGGCGCGUGCCCACAACGCGAGGCUUACGCUCUGGCAACCCUGGCCAGCCCAGCCGGCCGGGGAAGCGCCCGGUCGAAUUUUCUAGGGGUUUCGAUGGCAGCGACGAGAAUGAAGACGAUGAGCCUCCAAACAAGCGGAACAAGGCUCCUGCUGCUAAGACAGAUCAAGGAGGUGAUCCUAAGAUGAUCUGCCCUUUUCGAGUCGAGCACCCGGAAAUCUAUGAUAUGGCUCGCGAUGGAAAGUACAUGAGCUGUCAUACCCAACACGACAACAUCUCCACGGUGGUGCGCCACCUUAGCCGACCAACCCACUGCCUCGAGGUUGUCAGCGAGCGCAGGAGUGUCUCAUCCUUUGGCCUCGAGAACAACGAACACGGCCACCCUGCUGCUGGCUUGUGCAGGAGGUGCUGGCGGGCCUUCUCGGACCCCCAAGCCUUUGAAAACCAUUUCGCUAUCGAAUGUGAAAAGGCGUCACGGUCAAAGAGGGAAAAGUAUACCCUCAUUCAAAAGACGUUCUGUAAAAUUGACCCACGCUUGGCGACAAGUUCCGCAGGAGCAGCUGUCUCAAAUGAUAGCAGUGUUGAUCAGGUAUCCGACGCAGAAGGCGAAUCAGACGAAGAGAUGCCUCGAAAUACCUCUCGAGCGCAGUCCAACUUCCGUGGUGACGACCUUGUAAGCCGAAGCGAACACAAUGCUCUUAUGGAGCGGGUCGCAGCCCUGGAGAGGAUGCUCCAGCCGACUGCCUCACAAGCUACGCCCAGGACCAUACCAACCCAGGGAGAGACGAUGACGCGCGCGUUGAUGCCGCCCUCCGCUGCACCGGGCACUCCACAUACCCAGCCGGGUCACUACACUUACGCUGUCGGCCCGCAACGUCAUACUGUGCAAGGAAGGCAGCCAGGAAGCUACAGAAACCUAAUGGGCUUUAACAUGGACACUGACAGCGUCAUGGCUGACUACCACGGUAGUCACCCCGUGUCGAGAAGGUCAGACAGCUUGUCCACUGUCCACCGCACCAGCCCCGUCACCACCACCCACCAGAACUAUGGGUCACUCCACGGGCAGCCCAAACCCGCGGCGUCGGACUCAGCCUAUGGCACGGCAUCAAAUGCGGGACCAACACAGGCAAGCAGUGGGGUCAACACGGCAUCCCAGCCAAGGAUGCAGAUGGGGGCUGGUGGCGGAGAUGGCGACGAUUAUGGACAAGAGGGCAUCUCCCAGGAGUCGUCCAACACGCGGCUAAUCAACCAGUUCAUGCGCGCCGAGGAGCAGCGCGAGGCGGUCAUGGGGCGGGCGAAUUUCUUCAACCCUGACUCGGAUGACAUCUCUAGCUUUUUGAACAUGGAUUCUCAGUAACAUUUGCUUUGGCUAGAUAGAGAGGGAGAGGCAGAGACAGACAGUCGGAGUCACGCUGGACCACACACAUCACAUAGGCACACUCACUUUGUACAUAACCCGAGGUAAUGGGAAAUGGAAAGGGGAUACUGGGUAGGCAAGUAGUCAAUAAAGACAGACGGGCGGGCGCUGGACGCCCUGACCUGUCGUUGUUCAAUAUACACAGAA